GAUCUGGCGCCCCCGACGAAUUUACGCAUGCGCAAUCCCUUUCAGGAAGAAGGUAAUGUUUUGGUUUUGAACGCUGCAUCGUCCACAUGCAUGGAUACGUUGACUGUCACUGUCAUAUCUCUGCGGGGGAUUUUGACAAGGACAUAGAGGAGGUGAUUGAAAAUUCAAAAAAGGGUGGAUUGUUGGCACUGUUAGCCGUGGCAGAACAUGCUGGGGAAUUUGACAAGAUCAUCGCGUUGUCACAGAGGUUUUCAGGUUUUAUUUUCCCCUGCUUAGGGGUCCACCCUGUUCAAGAAGUUUCCCCAGAGCAGCAGAGAGGUGCUUCUCUCCAGGAUCUAGAUGCUGCUUUACCCAUCAUAGAGAAAUACAAAGACCACCUUGUGGCUAUUGGGGAGGUUGGUUUGGAUUUUACGCCCAGAUAUGUCAGCAAUGAGACUGAUAAAGAAAUCCAAAGGCAGGUCCUCAUUCGUCAAGCACAGAUAGCCAAGGAACUGGAUCUCCCUCUAAAUGUUCAUUCACGGUCCGCAGGAAGACCCACCAUCCACCUCCUCAAAGAGCAAGGUGUCGAAAAAGCCCUGCUUCAUGCUUUUGAUGGGAAACCCUCUGUUGCCAUGGAGGGAGUGAAGGCUGGAUAUUUCUUUUCUAUCCCACCAUCCAUCAUACGGAGUGAGCAGAAGCAGAAACUUGUGAAACAACUGCCAUUAGAAAACAUCUGUCUGGAAACUGAUUCUCCUGCUCUGGGUCCUGAAAAGCAGGUGAGAAAUGAGCCAAAAAAUAUCUGUAUCUCCGCUGAGUACAUCAGUAAGAUCAAAGGAGUGUCGCUGGAGAAGGUGAUGGAGGUGACGACCCAGAACGCUCUCCGACUCUUUCCGAAGCUAAAGUCGGCCCUCAGACCCUGACAGAGCUUUAAAGGUUUAUUUCAUCAAUCUAACUUAGCUUUCAGUUACCAAAAAAACAGAGGGUCAGUCGAGGUGAAAGCCACUUAUUUAUCUACACUUACAAUAUUCUUAAAUAAAUGAAGGUGAGAUAACAAUUUAACACACAGUGUGUAUAUUUUUCAUGUGCGUGAUACAUCUGAAUCAUCCAGCAAUUCAUAAACACCUUGUCAUGUAACAGACACAAGCAGUUUACUGACAUCAGUCAUAGUCGCACAGACUGUAACUCAUUUAAACAUCUGUGUCAUUGUAAAGUAAAUAAUCAUGAAAAGCCACUGUUCUUAUUCUUAUGUUGCCUGUCAACCUAUCUCAGCAGAGCAGUGAUAUCAUUAAGUUGAUCAUGUCUCUGGUCACUCGCACCAUUUAUUUUGAUGUUAUUGC